AUUUCAUCCACUUAAACAGUUGUUUUCACCGUGUUUAACCACUGACUUUGUUUGGACAACAACCAUGGUUCGUGCAGCGUUUGUGCUGCUUGCUACGCAGCUGCUUCUCGUUGCGUCCCUCCCGGUGGAUAACUCCAACUGGCAUCUCGUACCGGACAGCGAUGGCAGGCUGCAUCUCGUCAAUAUCAACCCGUACGCUCUGCCCGACGAUUCGUUCGUUCCAAACUUUGUCCCCGAGCAGGACCUGAUCUUCCGGCUGUUUACCCGCUCGAACCCAACCACACCGCAGGUGCUGGAGUUUGGCAAUGCCGGCUCUAUUGCGGCGUCCAACUUUAACCCGGCCCAUCCGACCCGCUUCACCAUUCACGGCUGGAACAGCAACGGAAAUGAUGGCAUGAACACGAACAUCCGCGACCGGUAUCUCAGCAUCGGUGACUACAACAUGAUCAGCGUCGACUGGAGUGCUGGUGCUGUGAACCCGAACUACAUUGCGGCCCGCAAUGCUGUCGGGCCGGCAGGUGCGGCGGUAGCUUCGUUUAUCGAUCAGCUGGUUGCUGCCGGUGCUUCCACGGACAAUAUAUACGUGAUUGGGUUCAGUCUGGGUGCGCACGUUGCCGGCAAUGCCGGAAAGGGCCAGAAUGGGCGCGUGAACACGAUUAUUGCACUCGAUCCGGCUGGGCCACUGUUUUCUCUUGGACAGCCGGAUGCCGUUUCCCCGGCCGAUGGUCGGUAUGUGGAGAUGAUCAUGACCAAUGGUGGUUUGCUGGGUAGCAGUACGCCGAUGGGACAGGCCACGUUCACACCGAACGGUGGACGUACGCAACCUGGUUGUGGAACGGACAUUGCCGGUGGUUGUGCUCAUGGACGUGCGCCCGCUUACUAUGCAGAGUCCAUCACUAGCUCGGUGCCGUUCCGUGCUACGAGAUGCGCCAGUAUGCAGGAGGUUGUCGAGGGCAACUGUACGCCAAGUGGACCGGACGCGAACAUGGGUGGUGAGCCUUCGAACUAUGGACGCGGUGUUACCGGUGUGUACUCCCUUACCACGAAUGAUGGAGCGCCGUUUGCAAGAGGAUAGAUAGAGAAUGAUAUUUGAAUACAAACUGUAGGAUAUUUUCUGAAUGUA